AUGAUUGACACCAGUCGCCAGAAUAUUGCACUGGGAAUCGUGGUCGCGUUUCCGAUUAUCGGUGGUCUUUCCAUUAUCUUGCGACUAUGGAGUCGCUAUUUGAAGCGAUCUGCACUAUCCAGCGAUGACUAUUUGAUUGUUAUAGGCUAUAUUUUCGCAGUUGCACAAUCCGUCACUUCAUGGUAUUAUAUCAAAACCAACUAUGUUGGAAUCUACGAGUGGGAAAUUCCCUUAGAUUACGAUGUGAAGAAGGGCUUGAUUUGGAACUUUGCCAACCAGCUUCUGUAUAACCCGACCUUGUCAAUAAUCAAGCUGUCCAUAUUGGUGUUUCUACAUCGACUAGAGUCACGGUCGCGACUCGUAAAUGGCCUCAUAUACAUCUCCUUGGCUCUUGUCAUCGCUCUUUUCAUCGCUGUGCUCUUCGUCGAUAUUUUCCAAUGCCACCCUGUGGCGUAUAUAUACGAUAUGUCAAUUGCAGGGGGCAAGUGUAUUGACGAAGGUGCAUUCUACGUAUCGACCGCGGCACUGAAUCUCUUCACAGACUGCUUGGUCCUCUCGAUCCCAGUCAUCAUUACCGUGAGAUUACAGAUGCCGAUCAGGAAGAAAAUUGCUGUCUGUCUUAUUCUGUGUCUGGGAGGAGUUGCGACCGCCAUCGGCGUCUGGCGCAUCAUCAUCCUCGCACAAGCCUUCCUCUCGAAUACAGUCACACCAGACGCCACCUACUCAAUCGGCUUCUGCAGCUCAGCCAUUGAAGUAAACGUCGCCGUCGUCACAGCUUGCGGUCCAUCCAUGAAAGCCAUCGCGAACAGAUACCUACCCCGACUCCUCGGCACGUCGCAGAAUGGAGGGACAUCGGGCUACGGAGCGGGAACGAGCGGCUCUCGCAAGUUCCCUGGAUCACGCAUGUUCUCAAGUCACAAGGCAUCGCAGCUGCAAUCCGAUGCAGAUGAUACCUAUGAAAUGGCGGAUCCCCAAGGCGUGAACCGCGUGGAUAUUAACGCCAAACGCGACUUUGACAUGCGAAAGUACAAGCGCCACGGUGAUAGUCCUAGCGUUUCCAGUGGGAGUGAAGAUGGCGUGAUUGGUAUUAUGAAAACAACAAAUGUCUCCGUUCAUUAUACCUCUGGAGAGAUUACGCAUACGCUCGAUAAUACUCGGUCGCGGGUUGAAAAACAUUCCAGUGUCGAUAGUUUGGUUUAG